AUGCACUUUUCUUCCCUCUUCGUCGCCGCUGCGGCCUUUGUUACUGCUCUCGCAGCUCCCGCUGCUGAGCCCGUUACUGGUAACGGCAUGUCCUCGCUGGUCGAGCGUUAUACUCCUGCCGGAACUGGCACCAACAACGGUUACUACUAUUCCUUCUGGUUAGCCCAAGGAGGCAAUGUGAAUUACAACAACAAGGGUGCCGGCGAGUACUCCGUCAGCUGGCAAAACUGCAACAACUUCGUUGCCGGCAAGGGAUGGGCCACCGGCUCUGCCCGCAACAUCAACUUCAAGGGUAGCUACUCUCCCCAGGGCAACUCUUACCUCUCCGUCUACGGAUGGAGCACCAACCCUCUGGUCGAGUACUACAUCCUCGAGUCCUACGGCACCUACAACCCCGGCAGCGGUCUCACCCACAUGGGUACCGUCACCACUGACGGCUCCGUCUACGAUAUCUACAAGGGUGUCCGCACUCAGCAGCCUUCCAUCCAGGGUACCGCCACCUUCAACCAGUACUGGUCUAUCCGCAAGAACAAGCGCUCCUCUGGAACUGUCACUACCGCCAACCACUUCAACGCCUGGGCCAAGUUGGGCAUGAAGCUCGGCCAGCACAACUACCAGAUCGUCGCUACCGAGGGUUACCAGUCCUCCGGCUCCGCCGACAUCACCGUCUCCUAA